AUUUUCAAAUCCCCGGAUGACGGCGGCGGCUGAUCGCCGCUGACAGGCGCUUUCUGCCUGGCAGGGGCUGGCGGGCACCGUGCCCGUCCCUGCCGGUCUCCUGGGCACUCGGCCACCGCCCCACCUCCGCCUCCGUGCCAUGGAGCCCGAGCUGGCGGCCCAGAAGCAGCCCCGGCUGCGGAGGCGAAGCCGCCGGGCCUCUAGGCUGAGCACGGAGGGCGGCGCGGGGCCUGCGGCCGACACCCCCGGGCCGGGGCCGGGGCCGGACGGGAGAUACUCCCUUCGAAGAGGUAGCUCCUUCACUUUUUUAACACCUGGCCCCCACUGGGACUUCACUUUGAAAAGAAAACGAAGAGAGAAGGAUGAUGAUGUUGUAAGCCUUAGCAGCCUUGAUCUGAAGGAGCCAAGCAAUAAAAGAGUCCGACCUCUCGCUCGGGUCACAUCCUUGGCAAACUUAAUCUCUCCUGUAAGAAAUGGAGCAGUCAGACGUUUUGGGCAAACAAUACAGUCAUUUACCCUUCGUGGUGACCACAGAUCCCCGGCCUCUGUCCAGAAGUCAUUUAGCAGGUCUACAGUCCCAACGCCUGCCAAAAGAAGAGGCAGCGUGCUGUGGUCGGAGAUGCUGGACGUCAACAUGAAGGAGUCUCUGACCACCAGGGAGAUCAGGCGGCAGGAGGCAAUAUAUGAAAUGUCCCGAGGUGAGCAGGAUUUAAUUGAAGACCUCAAGCUUGCAAGAAAGGCCUACCAUGAUCCCAUGUUAAAGUUAUCCAUCAUGUCAGAAGAAGAACUCGCACACAUAUUUGGUGAUUUGGACUCUUACAUACCUCUGCAUGAAGAUUUGUUGGCAAGAAUAGGAGAAGCAACCAGGCCUGAUGGAACAGUGGAGCAGAUCGGUCACAUCCUCGUGAACUGGCUGCCAGGCCUGCAUGCCUACAAAGGCUACUGCAGUAACCAGCUGGCAGCCAAAGCUCUCCUCGAUCAAAAGAAACAGGACCCAAGAGUCCAGGACUUCCUGCAGCGAUGUCUGGAGUCUCCCUUCAGUCGGAAACUGGAUCUGUGGAGCUUCCUUGAUAUCCCCAGAAGUCGUCUAGUCAAAUAUCCUUUGCUGUUAAAAGAAAUUCUCAGACACACUCCAAAAGACCACCCUGAUGUUCAGCUUCUGGAGGAUGCUGUGUUGAUAAUACAAGGAGUGCUCUCUGAUAUCAACUUGAAGAAGGGUGAGUCCGAGUGCCAGUAUUACAUCGACAAGCUGGAGUACCUGGAUGAAAAACAGAAGGAUCCCAGAAUCGAAGCAAGCAAAGUGCUGCUGUGCCACGGGGAGCUGAGGAACAAGAGUGGACACAAACUUUACAUUUUCCUGUUUCAAGACAUCUUGGUUCUGACGCGGCCCGUUGUGCGGAACGAGCGGCACGCCUACCAGGUGUACCGGCAGCCCAUACCCGUGCGGGACUUAGUCUUGGAGGACCUGCAGGACGGAGACGUGCGGAUGGGAGGCUCCUUCCGGGGGGCCUUCAGCAACUCAGAUAAAGCUAAAAAUAUCUUUAGAGUUCGUGUCCAAGAUCCCUGUCCGGGCCAGUCUCACACUCUGCAAGCCAACGAUGUGUUCCACAAGCAGCAGUGGUUCAAUUGUAUCCGAGCCGCCAUUGCCCCUUUCCGGCCUGCAGCCAAUCCACCCGAGCUCCAGGGCCUGCCCGAGCUCCAUGAGGAGUGUGAGGAGAACAGCCUCUCUGCCGCCAACCUCCCAGCCCAGAGGAGGGGGUCCGUGGUUUCCAGCAUCACUCAGGUAGAAGUUGAGAACGCUUCGGAGUGUGGCUCCAGCGCGCAGCUAGCAGAAGACUCCGAGAGUGUGGAAGCACCCCAAACACGGCCCAGCUUCCGGAGAGCAAGGGACAGAGCCCAGUCAAGCGCCAAACGGAAAGAGACUAUGGUGUAGAGAAGGCUCUGGGUGUUUCCUGGGGCGGAGACUGUUUAUUUAUAAAUGUGUACAGUUCUGUUUUUCUUGUGAUAUGAGCAUAGGAGCAUCCAGAGGGUUGCUUUAUGCCACUUGUAAUAUUGUCAUUGUUUUUGGAGGUUCUCUUUUCUUUCCUUUCUUUAUUUUUUUAAUGGCAGCUAAUGAUACACAGAUUACUGUUAAAUUGCAGUCUUUUUUAAGAUUUUUUUAGAACAUGCAAGGUGAGUAUUUUUAAUUAGAUGAAAUAUUUAUGAAAUGGAUUUUCUCCUAUUUCUGGAUUCAUAAUGAGUUUGCAUUAUCAACCAAUUGUGAUAUUUACUAUAUUUGCCAAAACUCAGAAUUUUGCAAAUACUAGAAUUCUACCAGUGUUUCCUUGAUAAACCUUGCAUGCAAAAUUUGCAAUUUUAAUAUCAUACCUAAAUUCUACAAUGGAGUAUUUCAAAAUUUACAUUGAAACAUAACUUCUUAAAAAAAAAAAAAAAGAAAGAAACAUAACUUCUUUGGAAAACAAACCAUAAAACUUAGUAUGUUUCAUUUGAUCAACUGGAAUGUUUUAUAUUAGUUUGUUUUUCACUGCACAUUCCUCAUUUUUCAUUCAUAACCUGCCAAUUAUUUAAUUUUUUAUUGUAAAGUAGUUUUUAGUAUUUGUUUUUUUUAUUUUAGUGCCUUUUCAAGUUGGCAUGUCUAUUUUUCUUCCUGAUUAUAAAUGUGUGUUUAUGUGUGUGUGUGUGUGUGUGUAUAUAUAUAUAUAUUUUUUAAAUCAUAUUAACUUUACCAAGUGAAACCAAGCCAUACUGUGUUUGAGCCAAUUAAGAAAAUUGCAGUUUUUAAAGUGCAGGAUUUCAGGGUAGUGAAGACACGUGCAGUGACUCAGCGUAUUGAGACUGCAGGAGGAAAGCCACUUCAGGGGUUUCACUGGAAGUUUUAAUGUCUGAAAAGCAAGAGGGAAGGUGAUUGGUAGUAAGUUUAAAAGAAAAAAAGGAGGGAAAAAGAGAGUCGUUUUGUCUUACAGUAGAAAUGUCUGGCCAUGCCAGAGUGUGGAAGGAGCAGCUCUCCAGGGGUGUAGUAAGUUGUUGAAGGCUCGAGGGCGUGUGGACUUCUGUUGUCUGGGUUUACAAUACCUGGAAAUAAUGAAAUGUGUGGAAAAUUUGACCAUGUGAGAUCAGUUUGGGUGGAUUUAUUAAUAAGAUGGGAAAAGACUGAGUCUUUUACUGUAAAAUGUCCUGUUAAAAUGGGACCGUGAUCCUGAAAGCGGGGAGGGUGAAAAGCUCUGUGUCAUGGCAGGUAAAUGGCGGUGACCGGUCCGGUCAGAGUCAGCCUUCCUGGGAAGUAUGUACGGCCAAUGGAAGUGAAAUUGGAAAAGACUGUGAAUAGAUCAAUCUAAAUGAUUUCUGUGUAUAAAUGAAUGGAUAUAAUAAAAAAAAACACACACGUAAUCACCCUGAAGUUUUUUGGGGGGC